ACACUUAUGUCUAGAGCACAAGAAGAAGAAAUCAACAUUUUUUUCUUCGAAAUUCAUUCGUUUAAAAGCGUAAAAAAAAUGUGUUUCUGAAUCAAAUUCAAAUAUAAUUCAUAUAAUUCUGUAAAUACCGUUACAAAACCCAAAAUCACCAACACAUGAUGAACGGGCGCAGCAUCGGCAUGCUGAAAAAGCUCAGGCACACCUGGCGCACGUUUCCACGCCUCAUGGCCACCAAGGUGACCAGUCUGGGUGGCGAUGAGGUGGGCAGUGGCACAGGAAUCGGCCAGAUCACCGGCGGCGUGCGUACGAGUGAUGGGCCACAGAAGGUGAACACGCCUUCCAAGGAGAUUGUCACCCACCUGCCUCCUCUCACCGAGCCACUGCCCAACCUGCCCGAGGCCGUUUACGCAUCUCCUCUGGCGGAGAGCGCCAUUACGAAGGUAACGACGCUGCCGAAUGGCCUGCGAAUCGCCUCGGAACCGCGAUACGGACAGUUUUGCACUGUGGGCCUGGUUAUCGACUCCGGGCCGCGCUACGAAGUCGCGUACCCCAGCGGCGUGUCGCACUUUCUCGAAAAGCUAGCCUUUAAUUCCACAGUCAACUUUCCCAACAAGGACGCCAUACUUAAGGAGCUGGAGAAGAACGGAGGCAUUUGCGACUGUCAGAGCUCGCGGGACACGCUCAUUUAUGCCGCCAGCAUCGACAGCCGGGCCAUUGAUUCCGUGACGCGUCUGCUGGCGGACGUGACUUUGCGGCCGACACUUAGCGAUCAGGAGGUGAGUCUGGCCAGGCGUGCCGUAAACUUUGAGCUGGAGACUCUGGGCAUGCGGCCUGAGCAGGAGCCCAUACUGAUGGACAUGAUCCACGCGGCAGCCUUCAGAGACAAUACCUUGGGCCUGCCCAAGCUAUGUCCCCUUGAGAACCUGGACCACAUAGACCGCAAUGUUCUGAUGAACUACCUUAAGUACCAUCACUCUCCCAAGCGCAUGGUCAUCGCUGGUGUAGGCGUGGAUCAUGAUGAGCUGGUUAACCAUGUGCAAAGAUACUUUGUGGAUGACAAAGCCAUCUGGGAAACGGAAGCCCUGGAGGACUUGGGACCCAAGCAAGUAGAUACGUCUAUUGCACAAUACACUGGCGGAUUAGUAAAGGAACAAUGCGAAAUCCCAAUUUAUGCGGCCGCUGGGCUACCAGAGCUGGCCCACGUAAUUCUCGGGUUUGAGGGCUGUUCCCACCAGGACAAGGACUUCGUUCCCUUGUGCGUCCUGAAUAUCAUGAUGGGCGGUGGUGGAUCCUUCUCCGCAGGCGGUCCUGGCAAGGGCAUGUACUCGCGCCUGUAUACCAAGGUGUUAAACCGCUACCAUUGGAUGUACAGUGCCACGGCCUACAAUCACGCUUACGGCGACUGCGGUCUCUUCUGUGUUCACGGUAGCGCACCGCCACAGCACAUGAACGACAUGGUCGAGGUGCUGACCCGCGAGAUGAUGGGCAUGGCCGCAGAGCCAGGCCGUGAAGAGCUUAUGCGCUCGAAGAUCCAGCUUCAGUCCAUGCUGCUGAUGAAUCUGGAGUCGAGACCCGUUGUGUUCGAGGACGUGGGCCGCCAAGUGCUGGCAACGGGGCAGCGAAAACGACCGCAGCAUUUUAUCAAGGAAAUUGAAAGUGUAACUGCCGCCGAUAUUCAACGCGUUGCUCAACGUCUCCUGAGCUCCCCGCCUUCUGUGGCCGCCCGCGGCGACAUCCAUCAUCUUCCCGAGAUGAGCCACAUAACCAAUGCGUUCAGUGGUUCAGGACGUACCGGUCUGGGACGUAGGCUUUCCUUGUUCAAAUAGCGCUGGGUGUGAGACCGCCUCCAUUGGAUAUCAUUUCGCUUUGUUUACAAUAUUAUGCGAAGGGCAACCGUGUUAAGUUUAAAUUGGCUAAAAACCAAAAUUCCCAAAAAUUCGACUCGUUUAUUUUAUUUGCUUCUUUAAUGAUGUUUUUAAUUAGGAACAAACCUCAAAGACAGGGGAAUCUUUGUCCUGAUAGCAAAGGGGAGAAUUACAUCUUCUAUAUGAGCGAUUUAUUAAGAUAACCCAUUACAUUUUAACACCGCUCCCACGAUUCUCUUACUAAAGUUGGACCCCUACUUCUAUAGCAUCCGCGAAGCUGUUCAUCCCUGUGAAGAUUGGGAAGACACCGAGGAACACUUCUUUAAUCGGCGCUUGCACUUCGGAGAAGAGGUUGAGCCAUCGCUAUCACUGCUGCUGCUGCUGCUACUUCCACUUCUGUUACUUUUUAAGGGCACUAGAAAUGAAAAGGAUACCUAUAGGUACUUGUGGAUUGUGAUCCACAAGUGUGGAUAGUGAUGUGUCACAUCACUAUCUAUUAACUUACUUGUUGGACUCUUGGGAGCAGUGCUUUCAAAGUCUUCGUCUUCCGGCAACUCGUCACUGGAAAUGUUCUCGUGCAUGCGAUAUUGCUUAGGAAGAUGGCUCUCAUCCUGAAGCGGUGUCGCAUAUUUGGGUCGCUUGAUUUUUUCGUCUUGGGGCUGCCGAUCACUGUCGUUGUCCAACUCGUUGCCAGUUUGUUUCUUUAUGCUCUUGGCGAUCACGCGCUUUUGGUGAUCCAGCUGGGGAAACAGGUCCCUCGAGUUCUCCAGCGCUUGCUUAGCGGCGUUCAUCUCCGCCUGCUGAAUGGAGGAGCCACUUGAAGUGGCCAACCGCUUUGAGCGGAAAUAAACGGCCACCUUGUAUACCCGCGUAUUGGUUGGACCACUGGCCUCCACCACCUUGUAGUAGGGAAUGUCCGGCUCGCCGCCAUCCAUUGUGCGAAGGGUGAGGCAGCACUGCUGCAGCUUCGACUUGGGAUCGUUCCAGUCCUGAUUCAUGAUAAACAGCUGGAGUCGCGGGAACAAACAUACGUGGCAAAACUGCUCACAAUACAGGAGACCCUUGUCAACGUACAGGGCGCCGAGGAAUGCCUCCAGCAGAUCGGCACGAUCUUUAGUCUUCAAGUCAGCCUUGGGAUUGGCAUACACGGCAUAUUUGGGCAUUCCCAAGUCAUCGCAGACCACCGCUUGAGUGCGGUUAUUGACCAAUGAGGAGCGUAGGAGGGACAAGUGGCCCUCGUGGUGCUCAGGGAAGUGACGAUACAGGUACUCCGAACAAAUCAGCUGCAGCACCGUGUCGCCCAAGAACUCUAAUCGCUGAUUGGACCCAAGGGUCAAGUGGGUGAAUCCAAUGGAGCGAUCGGUAAACGCACGAGCCAAAAGCCGAAUGUGCUUAAACUUGAUUCCAAUUGAGUCCUCGAAUUUCGUUAACUCCUUAAGCACACGGUAGGAAUCAAUACAGCUGCGAUCCCCAAGUGGCUCUUGUUCCUGCAACGGGUGCUCCGGCAGAUUCUUCCAGAUACUCAGCAGUUUCUCGUCCUGCCGGAAGAGUGCAUCCGUGAACACCUCAUCUGCCACCUUGAUUCCACCAUCCAACAGAAGCGCCCCCAUUAGCGCUUCAAAACAGUUGGCCAUGGCGUGACGCAGUUCCAACUCGUGGCACAGAUCGGAUCCGUGUGCGUACAGCAUAAACUCUUCCAGUUGCAGCUUUUUGGCCAACAGAGCCAAGUGCUGGUUUUGGACAAUUGCCGCUCGGUAAGUGGCCAAACCACCCUCCUCCAGUUCAGGGAACAUAAAAAACAGAUGGAUCGAGCUGAGGAAUUCUACCACAGCAUCACCGAGGAACUCUAGUCUCUCGUUGUGGGUUAUGUUCGAAACAGUCUCUUGAUCCUUGCCAAAUCUGGACAUAAUGCUCACUAAGGUGUUGAUACCCCGCUUGCGUGUGUUCAUGUAAUGGAUCUUGCGAUCUCCAUACUCCGGCUGACGAAUUCCGCAGUUAGUCAGCGAAUUGCGGGCGUGAUCCGGAUUGGUACCGUAGUUCUCCUUGUAUGAGGGAUGCGUAAGUGCCAAUUGGAGAAGGUACCGAUUUUUAAAGCGGUACCCGAUACUCUCCUCUAGCAGGUCCAGCGACUUGUGAAAGCGAAGGUGACCAGUUAGGACAGGAAUCAACAUGGCAUGCUGCACAACGUCGCACAUAAUGCCAGUGCGAUAGAAGCCCUCCGAGCUAAUCGCCACUGUGAUAUUUCGUUUCAUGCGCCCCUGAGUUCUCAUCUCCUGAAGACGUUGCUCCUUCUCCUCUAGCUUGCGCUUGUCCUUGAAAGAGGGCUUCGACAUGUUGGCCAUCAGAUGACGGUACUUAACGUACUCUCGCCACGCCUUCUGGUACUCUGGAUUUCCCGCGUAGCUUAGCUGCGGAUGACAAAUGCCGAAGUGCACGAUCGCUGGGUGUGAGAUUCCAGUCUCGCGAUCUACGCACUCGGGCAAAUCGGAGUUAUUCCUGUCCAAUUGGUCAACACGCAGCGAACACGGCUUAUAACCCGGCUUAGUGACCAGCAUUCCCUUUAUGAAGUCCACGUAGUUUUGCCACUCGCUCUGACUAAUCUGGUUAAGAUGCAGCAGUUGCUGCCGUUCCACGAGCUGUGCAGAAUUAUCCAGCAAGUAACGGAGUACUUCGACCAUGGCCAAAACCUCCUUUCCAUUAUCUGGCAGGUCGCGGACGAAACGCGGAAAGAAGUGAAAAGCUGGGCAGGAUUCCUCAACGCUUCCGGACGCUAAGUUGGGCAUUAGAUUAAAGUCUACCAGCUCCAGCAGUUCAUGAAACAGGUAUUUGA